GUGGGUGGCGCCAAGACAUCACACAUGGCUGAACUGAGUCUGCGCAGGCAACCCACGUGUGGACACUUCCUGAAUUGGGGGGGGUGGCCUCAUCAACACACUCAAAUACCUGUUUUGAAGUGUUUUUUUAAGCUAUGGAUGAAUUACCUGCGGACGUGAGAGAUUUUCUUCCUAACCACCCUUUCCUCCAGCUUACAGAUGGCAAAAAGAUCAAAUGCACUCUGAAUGGCCACGAGUUUCCAUGCAACCUAACAGAGCUUCAAAAGUUCACUCAGGGAAAGAAGUAUGAGAAACUGAGUGCUGCUGCAGACUUCAACUACAGCCAGUAUGAGCCUCAUAUCGUGUCCAGCUCAAAGCAACCCAAUCAGCUCUUCUGUAAGCUGACUCUCAGACAUCUCAACAGGCAACCGCAUCACGUCUUAAGACAUGUUAACGGGAAACGCUUCAAGAAAGCCCUCUCAAAAUAUGAAGAGUGUGUCAAGCAGGGGAUUGAAUUCACUCCAGCCAGGCUCAGACAGAAAAGGCCUAAAGACUUCGGCGAGGAUGUCGGUCGGGGGAGAGCCCCAAAACACGGGAAAGGCCAGUGGGACCCCACAUCCAGUGACGAGGAUCACAGCGACUCAGAGGACAGCAUGAGUGACCUCUACCCUUCCUCUGUAUUCACGUUAAAAGAGCCAGCAGAAGAGAGUGUGGAGGCCGACAGGGAUGAAAAAGAGGAAGAAGAUGACUUCCAAACAGAUGAAGAUGAGGACAUGGAGGUAGAUAAGCAGGAGCAGCAGAAACGGAAGAAGGUGCAGGGUGGUGGUUUUAAGAAGAAAUUCAGAAAUAACCACUGGAAAAAGGGGCGUAAGAAACAAGGGAAAGCAUUAGGUGAAAAGUAAACUCAGAGCUACCUUAGUGUUGAGCCGACAUGCAUCCAUACAUUUCACUUACUCUGUCCCCUCGAUGACAAGUAUUUCCUUGUCAUCCAACUUAUGUAACUCAUAGAAUUUAGAGUUGCAAAAGCACAAAACAUACAUAGAAAUAAACGCAACCUACCUCAUUAGACCCCCACUGUGAGCAGCCUAUGGUUGUUUUUCCUAGAUCGCCCAAAAGUUACAGAAUGAGAUACUUCAGUUAUCACUGGAAAACCAGCUUUGUUAUCCCAAAAUAAUGAAAAACGAAUAGGUGAAAAUCUCAAGAAAACAACUCAAAUUUACUCGUUAUCACUGAAAAAUCAGCUUUAUCGUCCCAAAAAUAAUGAAACAAAUAGGUCCAAAUCUUGAGAAGAAAACUGAAAUUAACUUGUUAUCCGGCUUUGUUAUCCGGAGAUAACAGGAAAGAUUUAAAAACAAAAAGCAUCCUUAAUUACUUGUUUUAACCAGCUAUGAUACUCAGAGUUUAAAAUAAGUUGAGACACAUGCAAACAGCCAGAAAUGACUCGUAAACACAGGAAAAUGGAGUAAAUGAAAUGUAUGAGUGCACGUCUGCUUCAAGCUUUUGUACAAACUAUAAAAGUUCAGUAUCUAUUUCUCCGGUUGAUUUGUCAGCUCGGACAUAUUUGUUUGUCUGAGCGAGCAUGACCUUUUGUACAAGUGAGCAGCCAUUAGAUUUUUCAGAGUCUCUGCAUAUGAAACGUUGUCUGGUCUCCAGUUUUUGAUGUUCUGAUUAGGGCUGGUUUGCAGACCGGACAUAUCGACGGGCCAGUAAAUGCAUCAUUUUGACUGGUUUUGUGAUCUGAAACCGAAUGUGUUUAUGAAAAAUACAACUACAUUUGGUUUACAAA